AUGGAUAUGUUAGACUACUGCAAGACUUAUAAUAUGGUAAAGAGCAGUUAUGCUAACCAAGAAUCUACCGAUUUAUCCUCUCAGGAAGCUCGACAACUCGGCAGUUCGCAGAAGGACCACGAGAGUAAUGAUGGCGAUGUCUUAGAGGAGGCUGUUGAGAGUUUUUCAACAAAACCUGGAGAUUUAUCCCGUUAUGGGCCAGCUACACAGAUCGUCAAGGGCGUAAGCAAUUCUGGGGAGAAGAAACUUAGCCCUUUGAAAGAGGUAGCGAGGAAAAAAGGAAUGAUCUCGACGCUUAAUACAAAAACUCAACAAAGACUGAACUUUGAAUGUGAACUGACUUUUGCCCCGAAACUGAAUGCAUUGAGUAUAAAACUGGCGAAAGAACGCGGCGAAAAGGUCCGAUCUAGCUCGGACAAAAAGACGUAUUACGCGGCAGAUGAGUUUACUUUUAAACCUAAAGUUAGUUCAAACAGUGUGAAAAUAGUACAGCAGUUAAAAACAACGUUUAUGGACCGACAGCAAAUGCAUGUGGAGAAACAGAAACGCUAUGUGAGUACAUAUUUGAUUUUUUGCACUGUUCAGUUUUGUUUAGAGCGGAUUACUUCUAAUUAACCAGCCUGUAACAAGUACACAAAAUGAACAUAAAAUGUCUCCAAAAAGCCCCAUAUGGGGCAGUAGUAAUCAUUGAAUGCAAUUUGAAGUGUGAAAUCUUAAAGACUCGUGAUUUACACUUGAACUGCACCAGACUGUGACUAGAUUGAGUGUUGGUCGGAAUGAUGACUGCCUAAAUGUCGCGUUUAUGUUGUUUAAUAAAACAAGAAAUAUUUGAUAUGUUAAGUGCACAUCUCCAAAAGCAACCUUGUCAUUAUUAAACACUCAAAUCUUGCAAAUUGUCUUCUUUUUGGAGACGACAAAAAUUUGCAUAUUUUUAAUUAAUAUCAACUAAAUGCAAUAUCAGUAUGAUUAUCUGAUUCAAUCUUUCACAUGUUUUGAAUUUCAGGUAAUAUUUAUGCACACAAUACAUGUUUUAAACAAAGAAAUUUGUCAGGGUUGAUCAUAUUUUGUUGAAUUAUAAGAACUUGGAAUCAAAAACAUAAUUUAACCAUCAGUCUGACAGAUAAACCCUACCCCUCAAAGGAAUUAACCACUUACUCCAUAUGUUGAUGGGAGGUUCAGAUGCCAUCACCAUCUCCCCCCCCCCCCCCCACUAUGUAUAUUGUUUUUAUCAAUCGAAACUCACUGCAUUGACUUAGUCUUCUCCAGCUCAUUCUACUUAAAUGAUUACAAUUAAUAUUCAUUAACCAAAUAACAUUGUGAUUAUUUAAUAACUGCAUCCAUGAUUCUGAGCUCAAUUUGUUAUCAUAUUAUCCAAGUUGAAAUGUACUCACUAAUCAUUUAUUUUCUGCACAAUUUUUAACAUUUUUUGGUCUGCAAUUCACAGAUUGAAGCAACAAUCAACAAUUUGAACCAAACCAAAGACAAGUUCACUCCAGUUCCUGAUAAAGUUUCCAGCAGGUCUCCAACGAGAUUGAAAAAGGUUUCAAAAUUUAAAGAAGCAAGGACUGCAGAGGUUAGUUCAAGAAAUUUUGUCUUCUUUUCCCUGUCAGACAUUUGGCUGCCUGAGCUAGAAAUUAAGAAUUUAUAAGGUACUGUCUCUCCUAUUUCCACACCAACAUAGCCUGACACCAACCCAAAUGGAAGGAAAAAUUCAGCAAUAGACACAUCUCCCAACUUAUGUUUACACAGCACUUACUACUUUUUCUUCUGAUUUCAUUCAAUUAUGCUACUCAAUGCAGCUGAGAAAGAUGAAUUGCUCAUCAUUAACUGAUAAGCUGGUUGAUUAAUUGAUAAAUUUUGUCAAAACUGUGCAGGAAGAUGAUCAGAAGUUGUCUGAUGAGAGUUUAAUAACAUCUCCAGAAGUGCUGGCAUCAACUUCAGCGCCUGAUUUUCUAACAACUCUCACCAAAAGUAAACCUGAUGGAACUAACUUGACAGGUUUGCAGGACCAAUCUGCCAAAGAAUCUGACUUAAAAUCUAUGUCUUCGCAUGAUCUCACAAAGAAAACAAAAUCAUCUGGAAAAAUUUCAGAGAAUGCUGUAAAUAGAGCUAAUGCUGCAUAUCAAAAAUUCCAAGAAUCAAGUCCCUACAAUCAGUCCCUUGAAAAUUUGUACCUGAAAAAGGGCAAGCAAGUUUUGAAAGCAGCACACAAAAGGACACUGACUCAUCCCCUGGCAAAACCAGUGACGGUUGAAAGUGACAACAAAAGCCCUGGUUGGGAUGAAAGUACAAAAGUUGAGAUUACUGGAAAACAAAAAACUACUCACUCCAGGAGUCGGUCUCAACCAAAUUCACAGCCAGGAAAAAAAAGUUAUGAUGAUCCUUUGUUUGACAAAGUUAGAAAUGCCAAAAAAGUCGCAGAAAAUGCCAUAAAGGUAUGAAUCUGAUCAUUUUUUAUAGGAAAUUUUUGGCUAUUGACAUUUGUCUAGUUAACGGUUUACAUGGUACCAAUCAUUCAUGCGAGUAUUUGAUGAGCGUUUAAAACCUUAUCAAAUACACACAUGUAUGAUUUGUACCAUGCUACUUUGAAUUGUAAUUUAUAAUCAUGUGUUGCAUUUCAACAUAUGUUGUAAAGGUAUUAAUGUUGGGGAUGUUUGUCAACAUUUUUUGAUUAUAAGGUCCUUGAAAAAGACCAAUCAGGAAAUGGCUAAUUUAAUGAGCUCUAUUUGCCCCCCCUCCCCUCCCCUCCCUUCCCAUGAUGAAUGCUCAAAAGAAAGAUUAGAAUCUUAUUUCUCCUUUCAAUAUCUGCAUCCCUGAAUCACACACAUACACAACAAGAAUAAAGGAAAUGAUCCCAACAAGACAAACAAAUUCUCCUUACCGCCACCUUAGGAAAUGUAUAGAGGACAGUAUGGAGAAUGUGCAUAUUGAUGUUAGGGUGUAAAGGGUUUAUAUGGCAGAUGUCAUGAUGUUAUAUAGGUACUUUCUCUCUAAUUGACACCUUUGAACACAUUUGACCCUUUAACUCUCAUAAGUGACCAAGAAAAUUUCUCCUUACAAUUUCAAAACAAUAUCAACCAGAUAAAUGAUGAGAAUAAAGAAAUUAAAAUUAUAUCAAUAAUUAGUUAAUCCCUUACAAUAAAUUCUCUGAACUAACUCUAUGAGAAUUGUAUAGUUGAAAGUAAGGAGAAUGACAAAUUUGAUCUGGUAAUUAAAGGGUUUUUAGACUGUUAGAGAUUCCCACUGAAUUCCCACUGACCUUGUAAAUCCUUCCAUAAAUUUAGAUGUGAUAGAUUACUUCAUAUGAAAGAUUCUCAUCACUAAAAGUGUUUAAUUCUUCAAUCUGUUUCUUUCAGAAAAAGAAAGUAUUUACAUGUCAUGGACCAUACCCAAUAGUGCGAGCUGUGCUUCGAAAGCGAGGAUAUGUAGAGAAACAUUACAAAGGAAAUCUUUUACCAUCAAAGAAUAAGAAAAAUGACAGUGAUGGUAGUGAUGAUGGUGAUUCAUGUGACAGUGGGGAUGAUUCUGACAACGAAACAUCACCCAGGAAAAACACAAAGAUCUCUGGUAACCUUCCAGCUAAAUCACAUAGGGUAUCAAAGACUAAAACAAGAACAGUAGUUAAUGUCAGUAAGAAUAACAAUGAUAAUGAUGAUGAUGAUGGUAGUGGCUGUGAUGAUAGCGACAAUGACAAUACUGAUAAUGAAGAUUGGAAUGCAGGAUAUGAGGGUAAUGGCCCAGACUGUGAGUUUAGUCUUAUGGUGAGUAAAAGUUAUAGCUUUAUAUAUUAAAUCAGUCAAAAUAUACAUAUGUGUUAAUAUUUAUUGCGAGGGAGGUCCAUGAAGGGUGUCUGAGAAAAAACUGUGCCCGUGAGCUAAUGAGUGCAGCCAGGCCACCUGAGCCACAACAGACACUUAUCAUUAAAAAAAUAAGUAGUAAAUAACAUAAGGUGACCACUCAUUGUGGUAAAUAAGUUCUUUAACCCUUUAACUCCCAGAAGUGAUUAACAUAUAACUUCUUCCAAUGAUAUCUGUGCACUAUUCAACAAACAGGUAAUGAGAAUACUCAAACUUUGAUCUAAAACCAAACUUGUAACUUAUUUAAAAGGAAAUGUCUAGCAGCUAGAGGGGAGAAUUAACAAUGAGAUCUUGGGAGUUAAAGGAUUAAGAUUGUUUGACUAAGUGAAGAAAUACUGAUUUUAAUAUAUUCAAGAAGUGAUUUUUUAAAUAAUUGAUUAAUUGAUCCAUGGUUGAUUGACAGCACAGAUGAUUAGUUGCCUAGUGAUUGGGAGAAUGGUUUUUAAGGAGACUGAUAAUAACUAGCCAAAUCGUAGUAACAUGAACUGUGUGGGUCUUGGCCUAGAAGUCUUUUGAAUAGCAUAUUAAUUCUCUAACAAAAAUGCAUUUUUCUAGCAUUUAGUAACUAAAAAAAAUCUAUAAUUUUAUUCCCACAGUCCAGAACUGUACGAAAUGCUGUGGCUUCAUUUAUAUGGACAACCAGACGGGAUGACGUGGAUUUCAAGUUUUUAAAAAAGGCAAGAUUGAGAUGUAAAAUAUUAAGGAAAAUUAAAACAGAGCAUUUUAAUUAGACUUAAGUUACAAACUGAGAAUAAAGUGAUAAAUCAUGUCUCUGUGUAGUAUCGUAAAAUCACGAGGAACUAGCUUAAAGACUUUUAUAGUUAAUUAUGAAAUACAGUGUACAUGAUAUGGUUCACUACUUUUCUCUUUUGAAGGCCAGGUAGUCUCAGUAUAAUACAAUCUAAAUAUUUUGAGACUUGUCUCAAUCACAAAAUUUUGUACAUUUUUUUUUUUUCAGGAUCAAAUUGUGAAUCAUUACAGCAAAGCUGGCUCAUUCACUACAAAGGUCAGUGCCAUCAAUUUUUUAUUAUUUAUAGUCAGGUGGUUGUUCCAACAGAAACAUAUCAACCUGUGAAAUGGCAUUGGUUUCUUUUCCAUGGCUGUGGGAAAUGUCAUAAUAUCAAAUGGUUAGCAUGUCUGAGUUUAAUCCUGAGUUGAAGUGUGACAAACAAUUAUUGAAUAAUUAUAAGGUUGAGCAUGUGAUAUCAUGCAGACACAAGGUUUGAUCAUUCAUAAUAUUAUGCAAAGAAUAAGUUCAAUAAUUGUUUUAUAACACAUUUUUAAACAAUCUGCAACAGAAGACACCACUGAGUUUGCAAAAGUUUGAGAACAAUUAAUGCAUGGAUCAGGGCUUGGAAACUAGGCAGAUUUUGAACUUGACAUGAGAACCCACUAUCUGCUGCAGAUAUUGGGUUUUCAUGUCAGCUUCACAUGCUAUUGUAUGUUGACUGUGUGCUUUUGACCAAUCAGAUUUUUCAUAGUUAGUGUUAUGUAUAAUGAUAACUGUAAUGUGUUUGGUUGGGCAACCUCCAGAAGGAGUGCAUAGCAGUACUGUACUUCAAUCUAUUUUUUUCAUGCUAUGGAACUCAGGACAAGCUUCUGUGGCAUAGAGUACCCAUCUUCGAUGAAAGUUGUUCUGUAAGACUAUUAACUUGUGUAUAAUGUGAUCUUUCCUGUUCACAGUUUGGUCUCACCACAAACCUGAGGAAUUUGAAGUGGUAUGAAGAGGCAGAUCACUAUACAUUCUUCCCUCGUUCACACUUGCUUGGUUCAGAUGAUGAAAAAAUGGAUUUCAUAGGUAUGCCAAUGAAGUGUUAAUUAAAUUUUGUCUGUGUAGUGAUGAUUGUACACUUUCCCUGUUCUUUACUUUAAAAUUUGCAACAAAUGCACCUGCAAGAUGCUUCAAUCUUCUGAAUAAUCUCUUGUAUGCAAACAAGUCCAAAAAGUGUGACCCAGUGAUCUCUGUACAACAUUUGUCAUUAUAUUCUAGGGUUAUCAGAGAGGUUCAAAAUAGUAUUAAAAAAAUACAUACAUACUGUAGGACAGAGUGGGUUGUCCUUCAAACUAACACGAUGAGUUCUCUCCUUUCAGACGAUUAUCGUUUGACUGCUGCUUUGAGCAUAGUUAAGUGGGUAGUUCAAAGGUAUGAAAAUGGCAACAUUGAUGAUAAGCUCAUGUCCAAUAAAGAACCUCUGCCUCCUGAUCAGGGGCAUGCUACCCCUAAGACAACCUCUAGUGCAAAACCAAGGGAUUCAGCCACAUCCAGAGCAACAUCCAGAGCGACAUCCAGAGCAACAUCCAGAGCAGGAACUGGUGUUACAUCCAGAGCAGGAACUGGUGUUACAUCCAGAGCAUCUUCCAGUGCAACAUCUAAUGUGGUACCUGUGAAGGCCCUGACACUUGCACUACAGGCUUGCCGAGAUUUCCUCAAGUGUAAGGAGCAUUUGGACAUAGAUGAGCCUCUUAGUAAGGUUAGUUUCUGUUUUAGUAUAUUUGAUGAGUUUCAACCCAGCUUCUAGAGUUGCCCACAACUUUACAAGCUACACUGUAUGUAAGAUGGGAUUUUUUAGCAAUUAUCACUGACAUCACUUAUUGUUUUUGUGCCGUCAGGCAAAUGUCUGGCUUGUGUCAGGCUCAUUUUCCUGUUCUGAAUGAUUGUCCAGCUGAAUUACCACUCUUGUCAGGCUUACUGUCUGGCUAAGUGUCAGGCUAAUGUCUAGCUUGUGUCAGGCUUGUGUCCCAUUGUGUACCAUUUUUUUGUCUGGCUCUUGUGAGGUUAAUUAAUCCUUGUUUCCCACUCUGUGUCAGGUUCUUGUUAGGCUCUUAACUGCUCUGUCUGGUUGAGCUCUUGUCCGGUUGAUGUUAGGCCUGUGUCUGGUUCAAAUGUCAGGCCUUAUUCAGGCUCUUGUCAGGCCUUAUUCAGGCUCUUGUCAGGCCAGACAUUUUUUGCACAUGUUACCAAUAAUUUUUCUAAAUGACAAUAAUUUUAGGGUCCAGCCAUCUCAGAAGAUUCAUGGAAACUACUAGUUGACUAUUAUUAUCAAGUCAAGAGGUAAGUACAUUCAUUUGAGACCAUGUGAUUGUGAUGCUAAAAAUGAAAAGGCCGAAGUUUAGAAUUCAGAAUAGAAUAAACUAAAAAUGUUCUAAAAAUAGCAUAUUUACAAACAUGAUGCUAUGUCCCACACUUGCGACAAGACGAAAAACAUCUUUCUCUAAUCAGUGUGUUCUUUGUCUUUAAAUCUUAUAUUUGUGACAUACAUUGCAAUUCCUUUUUUUUUUUUUCAGUCCUGGGACUGUUAUUGCAACAGCAUAUCCUUAUCUCAAAGAGUGUCAGAAUGUUGUGAAGCAGGUGAAUUUACUCACACCCAUAUCAUAGUAAAAAUGAUUACAACAAUAAUUAUAGAUAUGAUAGAAUUAAUUACUCAAAGUUUAUCCUGUGUUAGACUUAUGAUGUAUUUAGUGUGUGCACAGCUCAAGCACAGCUCAAGGGGCUUGAUAUCACUUAAAAUGUAGAGGGCAAGGGGUUGGCAUUGGUAGUAACAGAGAGUGAUAGUUCAUUAGAACAAUGGAGUGACUAUCACAGACUUGCAGACUAAGGUAUUCAAAGACAUUCUGUCAGUCUACAGGAAUAAUGAAAAUAAAUCAGAUGUGAAUCAGCUUUUCCCACCUAACAAAUAGCAAAUAAUAGUUUGAUGUAGCCAAUUUUUAACAUUUAUAAUCAACUGUUAUUUAGAUGAAAGAAUACCUUCCUCAAAUUGACAUUGAUGGUACGAAGAACAUUUGGAUUGUCAAACCUGGAGCAAAAUCAAGAGGCAGAGGUAAAGCAUACUUGGAUCCCAAAAUAUUUGAAUCAUAUUUAAUGUAGGUAACCUCAAUCAAUAAGCAAUCAAUAAAUUGGUCAACAGUUGGCCAAUAUUUUGUUGAGAGGCAACUGGUAACCUGUUUAAAGUUGACUGUUCCUCAACCAACAGAUACAUGUAGCUGAUGCCUUGAUAAGAGUAUCAGUUGACCAUCAAGACAUUGGCUUACUGGUUAUCAGCUGCCCAUUAAUAACCAAUCUACCAAUAUAUUUAUAAAAUUUUGAUUGAUAAAUCAACCAAUACAUGAAUAUUGACCAAGGCUACCAAUGGUACACUUGAUCCAAAAUUUGUCUUUUUAAAUGUUUACUUUUCCAAGGCCAGCACCGUUUAAGUAAGGGUUUUUUUAUAAUGGCUCUUUACAGCUCAUCUGAGCUCUUUUCAUUCUACUCAUUUAAGGAAUUAUGUGUAUGGAUCGUCUCGACGAAAUUGUCAAGCUUGUCGGAAGUAAUGCUGUAGGCAAGAAAGAAGGUCACUUGGUUGUCCAGAAAUAUAUAGGUAAUGUGUGGCCUAAACGUUGGGUUUACAUUAAAAAAAAAAACAGGAAAGCACAAGACAUCCUAAGAAGACCCAAAGAAAUUGAUGGUAAACCUACAUGUUCCAGCAAACACCCUUGAUUUCAGUUUGGGGUACUUUUAACUAAAAAAUGAGUUUGGUGACCUUUUUGGUGAUCUUUUUGGACACCAGUGAAUAAAGAGGGUAAGUUUCAAAAGAAACUGUAGUGCUGCAUCGAUGGAGGAGAGUAACAGGGUAAUUUAGUAUUAUCAAAUGAGUUGAUAAUGUAAAUUGGUUUUGCAGUAUAGAAUUUCAAAGCUGAUGUUUCAAGUUGUAGCUCUUCAUCAGAGAGCAAUCAGAAGAUUGCCAUCAGAGUAUCAAGAGACAUAUUUUUUGAGUCUUAAAAGAAAAUUUGUGGUGUGGCAUAUAACAGAACCCUUUAUAUUUUUUAUCAUUUAAUAAGGUUGAGCCUCUAUUAAUGGGUUUUAAUCCUCCAAAGUUUUAAAUAUUUAUGGUUCUAAUGUGAUUUGUGUUUUUUACAGAAAGGCCACUGCUGAUUUAUGGAGUGAAGUUUGACAUCAGACAGUGGUUUCUUGUUACAGACUGGAAUCCUUUGACUUUGUGGUUCUACAAGGUAUGGACAGAAAAAUUUCAUUUUGAUUCCUAGAUAUUAGUAUAUAUAGGUAAUAACACGAUUUUGAGUGCAGUUUGUUGUUAAUAAGCACAAGUAAAUUUUUCAAAGACAACAAAAUUGCAUAAGCCCAUCGGGCAAAUGCAAUUUGUAGUCUUUCCAAGUGCUUAUUACACCAAAUUGUAAUAGAAAUCAUGUUAUUACUUGUCAAUAAUGUACAUGAAAAAACAUCACAGAGAGUUAAGACAGUCAAAAUUUUGAAGGUGGCGCAUGCUAUUUGUAAUUUACACUUGUGUAACAACUCUGCACUUGUCAGUUACUCAAAUCAUGUAAGUAAUGAAAUGUCCUAAUAGAUGAGUUUGACAUUGAGUCUUUUUGUCACUCCAUUUUUCAAGCCUUUAAUAUUGGCUACUAUCAUGCUUCAGAUUCAGUUUAGACUUUUACCCCUUUAACUCUCAAGAGUGACCAAGACAGAAUUUCUCCUUACAAUAUCAAUACAGUCUCAAGCAGACAAGUGAUGAGAAUAAAGGAAAAUAUCAAUUAGGGGAUUAUUAGCUGAUCUCUCUACCAAAUUCUCCAAACUAACAUUAUAAGAAUUUUAUGGUAGACAGUAAGGAGAAUUACUAUUCAGAUCUUGGGAGUGAAAGGGGUGAGAUGGUUCACAAGCUACAUGUAUAGUUACUGCACUAAACAAUGGUGUUUCUGUAUUCUCAGGAUUGCUACAUACGAUUCUGCAGUCAGAACUUUUCUCUGGAAGACUUUCACAUGUAAGUAGAUGAAUCAGUAAUUCAACUUGACUCAAAAAAUAAGUUGAUCAAAAUACUGAACUAUUCAUGUCUUUAAAAUAAUCAGAAGCAUACACCUUGUCAACAAUCAAAAUACUGAACUGUUUAUAUCUUUAAAAUAAUCAGAAGCAUACACCUUGCCAAUAAUUCCAUCCAAAAGCACUUUGAGAAUGGAGUUCGCGACAAGCGUAUUCCAGAUGAGAAUAUGUGGGGCAGCGAUGACUUGAAGGCUUAUCUCAAGUAAGUAAAAAUUAAUAAUUGAUUCAAGCAUUAGUUUGCAUUCAUGGAGAUAUGAAGUACAGUGUAUGCAUAUGCAAAGGUUUGACAGCAUGAAAGGUGCAUUGGAAUUGCUUGAGGUGUAACUGAGAGCAAUUACAGUCUCUUGAGUGCUCUUCAAACUUCUCAGCUAAUGUUUCAUAUCUUAAUGAUCUCAUAGCUGAUAUGUGAACCAAUCACUGAUUGACAUAAUAACCUUUUAAACCCUAAGAGUGACCAGCACUAGGCGUGAAAUUAAUUUAUUUUUUCUGAUGCCAAUUAAAAAAAAAAUUGGUCGCCAUUUUCAAAGACAAACAAAACCUUUUGUUACGCUGUCAGCGUUCUAGAUAGACCCUCCAAAAUUAAGUUAGGGAAAAGAUCUUUUACAUGCUACAAAGUGGACACUAGGAGGGAUGACAUACAAUGUUCAAGUUCACCUAAAGCAAAGAAAGCAAACAUUGCAUCUAGUUAUUGAUCGAGAUGCGUGUACUGCAUUUUGGAUAUAAACUUAAUGAGGAAGUUUGCCACGGAUUUAUCUUUGCAAAUCUUUUUAAUUCACAAUAUCUCAAGGUAAGGUUAUGAUGAAACGUUCUAGUCACCAAUUUGGCAACAAAUUUUCAGGAUUUAGUCGCCAAAGUGAAAAAUUUAGUUGCAUAUUGGCACCUGCAUUAUGCAAAAUUUCACACCCUGCAGCAGCUAAUUUCUCCUUACAGUAAUACUGCUAAAUCACAAUAAGGUCACAAGAAUAUUUAGGAAACGAUCAGCAACCAUAGAAACUAAUGAUUGCUAAACAAAUUCUCCUUAUCAGCACCUUAGGAAAUGUUUAGAGAACAGUAUGGAGAAUAUACAUACCAAUGUUAGAGUAAAUUAAUUUUAGAGAUUAAUUAAUACAUUUUCAAGCAGAGGAAUUCCCUGUUUCUUUUCCAUUGGAACACAUGCCUCAUCAGGCAGCAUAGAUUUGCAUGCAACUGAAUUUGAUUCAAUAAAUUUUCCAGCCAUGUUAUGAUUAUUAUUGUGUUUGAUUAGGGUCCAUCAAAAUCUGUUUGAUGUUCUGACUAAAAAAGUCAUUAAGUACUUACAAAUUUAUCCACGCUGUCAUCGUAGGAAGCGUGGUGUUGGUGAAAUGUGGGAAGAAUCAAUUUAUCCUGGAAUGAAGAAAGCUGUUAUUUCUGCUGUGCAGUCCUGUCAGGAGAUAGUGGAAUAUCGAAAGGUAAAGUGAUGUUUGUUAUAACACAAACAUUAUAGUAAGCAACAACACUGUAUCUUGACUAAACAUGAUAUAACUAAGACCUUUGUAGAAUGUGCUCUGGUGCUCCACCACUGCACGAGCUUCAGAGAACUCUAUAGUAAACUAGCCAUUACAAUGACCACACCUUUUUCCACAUUCCCUGGUUCUUUGAUUCCAUUCUAAUUGCAAUCACUUGUGACCUUGCCUGUAACAACAGAGACUUUACCAGCCAGGUCAUCAACAAGUUAGCGAUGAUGACUUUGCUGUUUGCAAAUAUUGCACUUACUGCAAGACUAAACCCUAAUUUAACCAUUAGGAGGGACUGGCUUCUAAUUACUCCUUUCAGUUUCACCCUUGAAUUAAAUGUAAAGUCAAAAGAAUAGAAGAAUGAUCACCAAUUUAAGAAGCACCUGAUUGCCACACAAAUUCUCCUUGUCAUUAGAACAGGAAAUUUAUAGAGAUCAGUGUGGAGAAUAUGAAUAUUAAUAUUAGGGUGUAAUGGGUGAAUAGUACUUCUUGCUUGACCAGUCUCUUAGACAACAUGAGUUUAUGAUUUUUGUUUAUUUAGAAUUCAUUUGAGUUAUAUGGCGCUGACUUCAUUAUUGGUGAAGACUACAAGCCAUGGUUGGUAAGUAUAAUCUUAUUCAUAUGAUCAUGUUGUAACUCAGGGUUUUGAAAUAUCUGUGGAAUAGCUUUCUUCUUAAGUAAUAACCCACUCAUUGUUUGUGUGACUAUAACAUUUCACUCAGUAAACAUUCCUACUUUUAUUAAUUGGCACUGUUUGCAUCUUCAGCUGGAAAUAAACUGCAGUCCUACCAUGGGACCAAGUACAGCAGUUACAAGAAAGCUGUGUGCACAGGUUCUGGAAGAUACCAUGAGAGGUAACAUAAUUUGUCUUGUUGUGUCAGAGACAUCUGACUAAUAAUUUUAUGUCAUUGCUGCAUAGAUUGCAAGGAUUGUGUGCUUCCUGGAUCCAGAGCAGGUAAUAGAUCCAGAGCAGGUAGCUGUGGUUUAAGGCCUGUGAUAUGAAGUAACUACUGUACCUAGAGAGUACUGCUCCCCCCUCCCCCUCCCCCCCCCUGGAUGGGAGGCUGAAUCAUUAUUGGUCUCCCUUCCCUCAUCCCAACCAGCUACAUGUGAGGUUGCCUCCAUGGAGAAAUGCACUGUGAGACAAAGAAGAAAUAACACAUCACAACAGUUUGUCCUUGGAUUAUUGAUCCAUCAAGGCACAUGCAGGUCCCAUCCUUGUGCUGAUGUAGGAUUUGUUUAUAAUUGAUGGAGGUAUCUAAAAUUGUAACCGUGUUUUAACCUUGGAAAUAUGCAACUUUUCAGUCGUACUUGACCGACGUGAGGACAAGAACUGUGACACAGGGAGAUAUGAAUUGGCAUUUAAGCAGGUAAUUAUUAAUUUCCCAAAUCAGCUUCACUUCCCAUCACUAUAAAACAUGCUUAGGACUCAACCAUACAUUGUUAUCAUUAUCUGCAUAGAAGAGACAGAAAGUGCUUGUUUCUAAGUACAUCAAAGGUGAGAAGUUUGGGUCAAAUACAGAUUGCACAUUGCCCCGAAUACACAUAUUGUAUUUACAGUUUGUACAUAAGCAAGCUUAUUUACCCAACUUGAAAAAACUCCCUGAUGAAGGCUUUUAUUGUCAGAGGAAACACUUAGAAGAUUAAAAGAAGUUUUUACUACUUCAGUUGGUGCAGUACUGCUCACUAGUUUACCAUUUAACCCUUCAACUCCCAUAAGUGACUUACAUAUCACUUCUCCCUGUAAUAUCCUUACAUUUUACAGAAAACAAGUGACGAGAAUAGUCAAACUCAAUUAGAAGUUGUUAGGUAGAUCUAACACCAAUUUCAUAUUUACAUGGAAAUGUGUAGCAGUUAGAGAGGAUAAUUAACACUCAGAUCUUGGGAGUAAAAAGGUUAACAAGUAACCUUUACUGCCUAGACCUGUUUGCAGAAACGUUUCAUCAUUAAUCUCUCUAUUCUUAACUUGAAAUCCAAAGAACUGCCCAUAAUUUUAUAUCCAUUUGUCUUUCAUCAGCCCCAAGUGUCAGCUCCUCCGUACAUUGGCAUGAACAUGGCAGUAGAAGGACAGGGAAUACGCAAGCCAACAGCAAAUGUAAAGAAGCAUAAUGAGCUGACAUCUCCCAGAGUUGUACCAAUCUCCAAAACCAAGGAUCUCUCUACAGAAACUAAGGCUGCAAUUGUCUCCCAGCACAAACAGACGUCUCCAGAAGGCAAUAAUACUAAGAUUUCAACUUUAUCUCGCCCCAAAGAGGCACGAAAUGUCAUUGCAAAUCUUUCAGGUGAGGCUUUGGAGACAUUGAACACCAAAAGUCAGGGUGAAACAAAAAGGAAACCUGAAGGUUCAUGGGCAACUGGUUGCAUGUGUGCUGCACAGGCCAUUCCCAUAGCAACAACCUUUUGCACAACAGAUGAAGGGAAGUUUAAAGGACUCAUUAAAAGAAGUAAAUCUCGUUAUUCAGCUGAUGUUGACAUUGCAACCGAGAUGCAACCAAAAGUUCCAAGGGCAAUGCAAAUACCAAAGGCAGUUCUCAAGUACUCCAAUGACAACAGUAUGCGACAGAGAACACAGCUACCAAUAUCUAUUGGCCCAGACAGUAAUGGAAAACAUUUCUAACCAUUACUGUAAGUUUAUCGCCUAUUGGUGUUCCUGUCAGCCUAAAUAUGGGCAAAAAAUACUGUGACAGAAUUACCACAAAUUGUAAGACCACAUUGCCUAGAAGAACCUUGGUAUGUGACAAUUCUAGGAAUCAAUCGAGCAGAAUCUAAUUCAAGGUGAAAAAAAGUUGACUACUUCUAGAUCUCCCAUGGAAGGUCAUUAAAAGCUGUAUUUAUAAUUGAAAUUUAGCUAGUAACUCCUUGAAUUGCAAGCUUUAUUUUUAACACAAAGAACUAUACAGUCUAAAUUUUCACUCUACAAUCAAACAAAUUUCUAAAUAUGUGGUUGAGGAGAGAGCAGGUACUAAUAACUAUGUUACAUAUCAAAGGUACAUUUUUGCUAAUUUAAGCCUGUAAGAGGAUUGCUUUUACCAUGGGCAAAUUGCGGUAUAAAGUUUCUCCCUUACACUACCCAUUUAUCAGUUUAAUGAGCAGUUGCCUAGUAAUAGAAUCUAGCUUAGACUUAUUAAGUUACUACACAAACAUUGAGUCUAAAAGAUUUUAAAAAAUAGAAAAUCAAAGGUGUACUUUUAACAAAAAAAGUACCUUGUAUCUUCUUCAAUGUAUGGCACAAGUUAUGAAAUUACUGGCAGCUUUUCAUUAAAGAGACAUUAAUUUUGCUCACUACUCACUGUUGGCCACAAGCUAACUAAAAAUUUUUUUUUACUUUUGCAC